GCCUGUAAGUUAGGACUUGUGGCACAUUUGGAGCAACUCCUGUACUACGGGUGUGAUAUGAACUGUCGUAUUGUGGGCUCCGGUAAUACACCACUCCAUGUGUCGGCCAUCAACGACCAGAUAGACUGCGCCCGGGUUUUGCUGCUCAGGGGAUGUGAUACCAAAAUCGUCAACAAUUCACAUCAAAACGCAUAUCAGUUUCUCAUUCACUCGACACAAGAGAAAAAAGUCGCCGUAAUCGCUAAUAAUAUGAGUUUAGCGGAACUCAUAUCCAGCCAUAAGCCCGAGAUGGUGGUGCCGUACAGGGAUAAGCCUAAGUAUAACCCGGCCCGUAGGCCACCGCACAGUCAAGAGGAACAACACCAUCAACAGUCUAUUCGCUCACAAACUUCCCAACACAUCGAGUCAUCCAAAUACAAGUCCCAACAAAAUGGCAAAAACACAUUACAAGUAUCGGGAGGGCCGGGCGGUUGUCAGACCAUCUGUCCUUCAUCGCCAUCCCUGAGUCAGCGUUCGUGCGCCACAUCUACCACAACGACCACCACAUCCUCGGGUGUCUGCUGUGAAGACGGCUCCCAAUCGGACGGUGUGGCCGAAGAGGAGCCGCACGAAGGGGUGGCCGAGGACUCGGAAACCGACUCCGAGUCGGACGAGUCGUCGGUACGACCCGUACAGCUGUUGCCGGGUAUGACAGUCGUGGCUGUCAUCGACUACAACUCGGGUGACCCGACACACUUAGGUCUGCGCCGGAAUGACAUGAUUUUGUUGCUCCAAAACACGUCGUCUCCGCCGACUAUCGCCAACCAAAAGCUACUGUUGGGGCGCCGGUGUGUCGAUGGAAAAGAGGGUCUGUUCCCCAUGUGUUGUGUGGAGAAAGUGAAGACCCGAGUGGAGGGCCGGCGCGACCAGAAAUACUCGGCCACAACACUGCCGGCCCGCGGGCGCAGUAAUCAACGAAAUUUCCUCAAAGCGGACUCAGCCGGUGGUCAGUCGAGCGGUGCCUCAGGACUGGGUCUCUAUCACGAGAGGACAGUCACACUGCAGAGGGGGUCCAAAGGGUUUGGGUUUGUGUUGAGGGGAGCGAAGGCCACAUCACCGCUACUUCUCGAGCAAAACCCAUCGCUCAUUGGUUUGCAAUAUUUGGAUGAAAUCGAGAGCCAAGGGGUCGCCGAAGCCGCGGGCCUUAAGAGAGGGGACUUCCUGUUGGCCGUCAACGGCAACGACGUCCGGCAUAUGUCGCACGAGAUGGUCGUCCAAAUGAUCCGCCAGUCUGGGGAUCGCGUGACGAUGACUGUGGCCACACCUAUACCUCAACACAAGAACAAACAGUUCAAAUCCAUACUGAAGAAGGACACCGAUAAGAAGGUGGCUAAGAGUCAGCCCAUGGAUGUGCACAACCAGUCGAUGAGCGCCAGCGUCGGCCCCAUUGGCGACGACCAGAACGCCGACCCGAACCUCAUGUCCUCAUCGCAGCCAUCGGACGGCCGCUCCCUUUACGCCAAAUCCAAUGUCAAUGUUAUGCAAAAGUUUUCGACACUUCCGCGGAAUGCGGGCAACGGUUCCAACUCCUCGUCCACGUCUUCCCGCUCCACAUCCAGAGGGAGGGCACCGCCGGCGCCGCCUAAACGCGAUCCCAAUACCACUUUGUCUAUAGGCAGAGCCCGCGCUCGCUCUCUGCUCUUACCCAACACUUCCGGCCAAUCGGGCGGAACGGGUGGUCAGAAUCGCGGUGAGAACGCCACCGGCAAUGACUACGACUCGGAGGGCCGGUCAACGAAGAGCUCGUCCCCGACCACAUCCAUCGAGUCGAUGAUCGUCAACAACCGGGUCGCCGGAGCGCCCGGCAGUGCGGCCAACAAAGUGGCGUCAAUUCGGGCGAGUCGUCAGACGCGACGGAUCUCUAGCUAUGAAUUGGAAGAGUUCUUCAGCCGUCAGACCGACGACGACCCGAACCACACGAAGACAUUCGAGUCGAUGACGGCGCUCAAGAAGAAGAAGAAUAAGGGCCAGAGUUUGCACAAGAAUUUCAACUCAACGCCAGACAUCCAGAAGCAAUUGGCCGAACAGUUGGCCAAAAGUCACGGCAUGAGUAACAGCGAGGAGGAGCUCUUCUAUACGACCGGCGUUUACGCCCAAACGGUGGCCCUCAGGGGCGGGAAGAUUAUCUCCACCACCUCUGAAGUCAGUACAAACUUCGACAGUAAUGGUCAGUCACGGGCGCCGGCCCCCACAUACCCUCCACCGCCGCCACCACCCGGUGGUCAGCUCCAGACAUCAGUGAUUAAGCUAACGCUCGCCAAACACAGUCAAAGCGAUUACGCGAACUUCGAGUCCGUCUCCCAGAGCCAGCAGUUGUCCAGUUUUAGGCCAGUCCUACAGCCCGACCCCUCGCCAGCCGAACCACCCGUCAAACAGGUCAUCACAAUAAUACCUAAAGCACCGGCACCUCCACCGGGAACUCAACCUAAACCGACGGGUACUCUAAAAGCCGUGCGACAGCCAAACACCUCAUCGCAGACCACAUCAGUCUAUACACGACAGGACACUAUUGAACAGCUCGAGGAACAACUGUCCGGACCUAACAUACCAGACCCCGACUACUCGAGCGACGAGGACCAGGAUGUUCAACGCAAUCGCGAUUUGAGUACUUUUAAGGCCAACAAACAGACUAUGAGUACCAGUGAUAGAGUGCCCGACAGUGUCGGCGCCGCGUCGGCCGGACAUCGAAUGACACAAAGUUUUGCCGAAAAACUGCCAAAAAGUGCCACAAAUAACACGAAUAAUAAUAAUAACACAUCGAAAGGACAGUUAGCUUUUGGCGACGAGUUGAAGGCACAGACGCAGAAGAUUAUGUCCAAAUCGAUGGCCAAUCAGUCGACUCUUGAGUCCAAAGACAAGUCAUUCGAGAGGAAGGGCUACGAAAACGACGACAAAUCCAACGAUAACUCAAACAGCGAUUCAAAUAACUCGACAAAUGUUAGUAAAGUCCGCAAAAAUAUCCGCGAAUUCGAGCGCAGGUCCAGUAUUUGUGGCGACACUACUGUCCCACCAGUGGUACCGGCGCUCCAGCAUAAGAAGGAGCCCACCGUCACGUCAGCCAACAUUCACAGCAAUACUAAUGACAGUAAUAGUAAUUCUAUGCGAAUGAGUAAAUCGUGUUUUGAAGUCGAUUGCUGUGACAAUAGCUCAUCCGGUGUAUCGUCUGACGUGGACGGGGAGUACGGCACCCGAACUGAGACCACAAAAGCGCAACAAAUGUCUCAAAACUCGCAACAAAUAAAUCGUCGAAAUUCACAAAUAGGCGAAAAAAUUGCGGUCUUAAUGGCGGCCACAGCACAGACCAGUCAGGCGGCAGCCAUGGCCGCAGCCGCUGCCGCCGCCCCACCACCCGGUGCUCCACCGAUGAUGACCACCACUGCCGGCGCGCAUACGACGAGACGCACAGCCAGUUAUAGCGACGACAGCCAUAAGACACGGCCGAAGGGGGUGCCCAACACCAGCACCAGUCAGUCAAUGAUGGCCAGUGCGCCGACCACUGGCCCCCAAUCCAGUAAUUUAGUGCCAAAUCUACAGCAAAAGUCUGUGAAAUUCUCCGCAAACUAUUCAUCAAACUCUGAGCCAAAAACAAAUACCAUUUCCGAUGUGCACCACAAUAUGAGUUCCACUAAUAGCUAUCCUAAUACACAACCACAACAACAGCAACAGACCAAGACAUACAUGACAGCCCAGUCCAAAACGGGUCAACCCAUUCGGCUACAGAUCGACUCAUUAGGUUUGGCGGCAGUCAAUGAAGUGGACGUUUUGGCCGAAUUAGUUCCUCCGCCGCCGGAGUUCGCGGCCCCACCCCCGGGACACCCCUUACACAGAGGGUCGCCGGCCGGUAUGGUAGCGGCCGCACCGGGCGAUCCCAUGCGAGGGCCGAUAGCGUUGAGUCAGAGCCAGCAGCUGAUGGUCCGCCAGCAACAGCUGCAGCACCUGCGCCAACAGCAGCUCCUACAGCAACAACAACAGCGACGGGUGCGCCAACAGUCACCGCCCGUCACGGGCGCCCCUCAGCCGCCACCCAUACCCUCACAACCUCCGCCAUCCACACUACCCCACCAACAGCAGCACCAACAGCACCAACACAUCCACCACCAGAUGAUGGCCGCUAAUAAGGAACAGAUUAGGAUCAUAUCGCCGACACCCCAUCAGACGAUACCCGGUGCCGGUGUAGGCGCUCACCACUCGCACCCCCAACAGCCGCCCACUGCCGCCCAGCACUACCAGCGCCUCCAUCAACAGGUAAUUGACGAUGAAUUGGAUGAUGAAUAUAAUGAUGACAUCUAUCCCGACAUUGAUUACGAGUUCAGUUACGAUAACCGCAAUACUCUGAUUGCAGCACUGGAGGGGCGAUCCCCACACACGGGCACAACACCGCCGACGGCCGCGGAGUUCAGCGACCUACUGGCGCGCCAACGGGCGGCUCAGGUUAGGGCACAUCAGCAGCACAUCGAGCAACAGAUCUCGGCGUCCAUGCGGUUGGGCGUGAAUCCCAUGCAAUCUCACGGACUGCCAGCCCAUCAGCAGUUCUCCACACUUCAGAGGCACAGCAGCGCAUCACCGCAUGGCAUGGCGUCGGGCGGGGCGGAGGGCAUCGCCCACUCGGCCGCCGCUCAGGCCCAGCAGUUCGCUACCCUUACUCGACACCAGGCGUCCACCGCAGCGGCCGCCCAACAGCGCCAUAAUUACUGCGACUACACGCGUCUCACUGUACAGAAUAGGCUGAUGAGACACCUGAAUACCAGCCCCCAGACGGUGCUGUCGGCCGGCGGUAACGCCAAUCCGGUUCAGCCGCCGGCAUAUGUGGUGCGACCGGUCAUAGACUGGACGUGCGAUGACGUGCAGGAGUGGCUGAAAGCCAUUGGUAUGAACGAGCACCUUGCUAAGUUAGAGUACUUCAAUGGGCCUAAGCUCAUGAGGCUGGAUAAUAACGGCCUCAUCGGACAGGGAGUCCGACAGCAACAGCACCGCAUCUAUUUGCUCGAGAAACUCAAACAACAAAUACUCAAAAAUCAUCACUAAAUUUGGUCACAAUUUUAAACACUGUUUUGACAAACGUUUUAGUAAAACAUUUCAUACGAUUUUGCGAC